AUGCAACUACUCCUUCAGAAAACAAGAUGGUCACAGCACCUGCAAGCUGUGUUCUGCGCCCUUGCUUUCCUCUACCUUGCAGGCACAGUUCGAGCCAAAAGCUCCGAAUGCCAACCGAUAUAUUGGGAAGCAGGCCAAUUCGAGAAACGGGACUUGGCCGACACCACUUCUGCUUUGAUAUCCUCAAUAGCCGGAAGCGUUGACAUUUCCACCUCCUCGGCCGCAACGUCUACCGCUGUGCCUGUCACCAUCAGCCCCAUCAUUAGCGACGGAGAUGUUGCCCCCGGUGAAAUCAACUGUCGCUAUGCCGCCAACACGGGAAACACGGAUAUCAACUACUACACCUGUACCGCACUUGCCCGUAAAUACGGAAUUAGCGUCAAGGGCUUUUUCAGGUUGAAUCCUGAGCUCAGUCCAGACUGCGGGAACAUAAAGGCAAACACCGACUACUGCGUGGAUGGCUUUAUCGAGCCCCUCAGAGCCACAGACGGUCUCUGCGGUCCCCUACACAACAAUGCGACCUGUCUGGGCACCCCACUCCAGUGCUGCAACUCAAAGACUUGGAAGUGUGGUAAAUCACUGGAAGACUGCGCGGAUGGAAUAUGCUUUGAAGGCGCCUGUGCAGGAGAUUCGGUCUAUACCACGGACGGUCGGUGCGGCCGAGACAAUGGCUUCAAGUUGUGUGCUGGUGUUUGGGGCGAUUGCUGCAACGCCGCGGGAAGAUGUGGUACAGGCCCUUCAUUUUGCGCAUACGGUGUGUGUCAAAUGGGCAACUGUUCCCUGAGUUCGACAACCGCCCAAACUUCUACUUCGAACGUAUCUACUACCAAAGCCUCCACCACUUUCUCAGUCACCGCUACCUCAACCACGGUCAAGCAAACAUCCACCAGUACAAGUCCAAAAACAACCUCCACGACAAAAACAAGCUUAACCACGACGUCCAAAUCGAGCACCGCGGCAACCACUACUACGACAAAGCCUCCCAGCACCACGAUCCCCGGCCUAGCUGCUUUGCCCUCGUGUGGUCAAACGUGUUUCAAUAACAUGCUUGCCCAAUACUCCGCCCUGGGAUGUGCCAGUCGAGAUGGCUACUGUCUAUGCAACAAUGUCAACUUCAAAAACGGCAUUCGCGACUGUUCAAACGGAGCCUGUGGAACUGCGGUUGGAAGUACAGUUAUCGCUUUCGGUGAUUCUUAUUGUUCGACGGCUUUUGCUACUCACACCGCAACAACCACUGGCUUUGCUGCUCUGCCCUCGUGCGGUCAGGCAUGCUUCAACAACAUGGUGGCUCAAUAUUCGGCCCUGGGUUGCGCUAGCCCAUUGCCCUCUUGCUUGUGCAAGAAUGCUAACUUUGGGUAUGGCCUGAGGGACUGCGCGAAUGGCGCUUGUGGGACCGCCGCUGCUUCAGGUGUCAUUGCUUUUGGUAACUCGUAUUGUGCGUCUGCCACGGCUGCUCAUUAG